CCGGAUCCGAAACUGGCCGGUUGUCUGUUGUCGCUGGGGCGCGGGGGGUCCGUGAGCGCGUCAGCGGAGUCGUUUCCCUUCAGAAUCUUCAGUUGCGACGGGCCACCCCGGGCGGACUUGUGGACGCCGCUCGUCCCUUCCCAGCUUCCGAACGCGGCCGGCGCUCGGCCCUCGCCCCCGCGUCAGCCCGGUGCGGCAGGCAGGAUGGAGUUCAAGCUGGAGGCUCACCGCAUCGUCAGCAUCUCGCUGGGCAAGAUCUACAACUCGCGGGGCCAGCGCGGCGGCAUCAAGCUGCACAAGAACCUGCUGGUCUCGCUGGUGCUGCGCAGCGCCCGCCAGGUCUACCUGAGCGACCCGUGCCCCGGCCUCUACCUGGCGGGCUCCCCGGUGCCGCCGCCGCAGCCCGGGGAGCCGGCGGCCGGGCCACCCGCGGGCUGGGGGGAGCCGCCACCGCCGGCCGCCCGCGCCGCCUGGCCGGAGCCCGAGACGCCGCCGGAGCGCCCCGCCGGCCCGGACGCGCGGCGGGCGGUUGACGCGGAGCCUGCGGCGCCGGGCGCCGGGGACACUCUCCAGGGCGGAGAGGCGGCGGCGACGGCGGAAGCGGCUUGGCGCCGCGCGGAGAUUCCGCGCGCGGCGGCGGCCGGGGGCGCCGGGGACCCCGCCGGAGGCGCGGAUGUCUGCCCCGAGGGGCCCCGCGCGGCGCACCGCCCUUGUGCCUGCCCCCCGGGAGGCGAGGCCGGGCCGGGGGCGCUGAGCUGUGCGCCGCGGCCGGCCAAGGACGAGCGCCCCGUGCCGCCCCCCGGCUGCCCCAGGAAGCGCGGCGCGGCGGCGGGGGACGGCCCCGCGGACUGCCCGGCACCUGGCUCGAGCCCGCUGAAGAAGCCCCGGCGGCACCCCGAGGAGCCGGCGGGCGGGGCGGCAGCCGAGGAGGAGGAGAUGGAGACCGGGAACGUGGCCAACCUCAUUAGCAUCUUCGGGUCCAGCUUCUCGGGACUCUUACGGAAAAGCCCCGCGGGCGGCCGGGAGGAAGCCGAGGCCGAGGAGAGCGGCCCGGAAGCCGCCGAGCCCGGGCAGAUCUGCUGCGAUCAGCCGGUGCUGAGAGACAUCAACCCCUGGAGCACGGCCAUCGUGGCCUUCUGAGCCCCGGGCCCCUGCGGGAAGGAGCUUGAGCAGCGGGCGACUCCGACGCGAGCGCUGGGCCUCUCCGGGCUCGAGGACGCCGCAGGGAGCGGAGGCGCCGGGCGCGUGGGGAGCCGGGGCGCUGCCGGGCCGCGCGGACGCACUGCCCUUGGCCUCGGCCGCCCGCCCCGCCGGCCUCUCGGGUCUCCUGCGGAGCCUGGGGGGCGUGAGGCUUAUCGGAAGAGGACGAUCGUUAACUGUUGUGUCUGUGUCUGUCAGUCUGUCUUGUUGAAUUGAGACCGUUUUGUCCUUCUGGAAGACAUCACCCCUUCCCCGGGGCUUAGGAGGCUGGGGGCAGACAGGGACUUUCCUCCGCCGGCAGCGCCGAGAAGGAAGCGGCUCGAAAGGCCGGCCGGGGAGUUCCCCAUCCGUUCUCGGGGGAGGAAGGGACUUUACACACACCCCUUACAUGAAAGCUGGAGCCUCACCCGGGCCAGGAGUGGCGUUUCCUCCCAGGAUUUCCUAAACCUGGAGGGAUUUAGUCUGGAGUAGAGACUUGUAUUAUUUCUCUCCCUCCCCAUCUUCCUCUCUCACUGAAGAAACGUCUAUAGCCUGUGAUUAUUCUGGGAAAGGGGGAUACUAGCGGCCAGUGGCUUCCCCACGGGGAGAAAAGCUUGAUGAACUUCACGGAAGACUUCAAGCUUGGAAAUAACGGAGUUUAUAGAGAAAAGAUAUAUUUUUAAAAGCUCUAGAUCAGAACUACUACACAGUGCUUUUAAAAAGUGUUUAAUGAAACAAAGUUUACAGACAGACGCCGUAAGUGGAAAGACCUUAUGGUUUUGGUAGAUAUGGUGACUCCAGUCUUUGUUGUAUAAAGGUUGGGGGAGCUGACAAGGUUUUUGUACAGUAUUUUCUCCUUCGUUGUAUUGAUUUUUGUAUAAAAAUGUAACUUUACGUGUCUAACACGUAUUAAAUAUUUUGAAGCAAC